CCCCCCGCCGCCGCCGGCGGAGCCAUGCGCCCCGCGCCGCUGCUCGGGCUCCUGCUCUCGGUGCCGCUGCUCUGGGCGCCGCCGCCGCCGGUGCGCGGCCUCCGCCACGGCGUCCACUGGAACGGCAGCAACCCCAGGUUCCUGCGGGAUGACUACACCAUCCAGGUGGCCAUCAAUGACUACCUGGACAUCUACUGCCCGCACUACAAGGGCGCCGUGCCCGCCGGCCAGGCAGAGACCUUCACGCUCUUCAUGGUGGACCUGGAGGGCUACCGCGGCUGCUAUGAGACCCCCGGCUCCUUCAAGCGCUGGAAGUGCGACCGGCCCCAGGCGCCCUUCGAGCCCGUCCGCUUCUCGGAGAAGAUCCAGCGCUUCACCCCCUUCUCACUCGGCUUCGAGUUCCAGCCGGGGGAGACCUACUACUACAUCUCUGUCCCCAGCCCCGAGAGCGCCGGGCGCUGCCUGAGGCUGCGCGUCUCCGUCUGCUGCAGAGGCACCACGCCGGAGCCGGUGACGGAGGUUCCCAAUUCGCAGCCCCAUGGGCGCGGGGGGCCAGAGGACGCGGUGCCUGCCCAGGACACCGCAGCCCCGCUGCAGCCCUGUACCCCAUGCCUGGUGCUCAUGCUCCUCACCCUGCUCCGGAUCUGACCCUCGGCACUGCCCAUGGCGGGGAGACGGGCUCCUCCGCCCCACUGCCCGCUUCCAGACUCUUCCUCUGCUGCCAUCGACCCCCGAGCCCAUGGGGCAGCCCGGGCCACGACUCACCCGCCAGACCCCCACGGAGCCAAGCCGGGGCCAGGAGCUGCAGGCUGGAAGGGACGUUGCUUCCCACCGGCAUUACUGCACGCUGGCCCCACUGACCGCCCUGCCCCGGCGCUGGGCUCCCCGCAGCUUGGCGGACGCCUGCUCUGCCCCAGGGCCGUCACCUCAUCUCGUGCCUUCCCCUGCGGAUCCCCUGCCCUGGGGGGCCGGGGACCCCCAGGCCCUGGAGCAGGGCGGCAGCUCCUCCGGGCACCGGACGGAGUCAAGCGCCCAGCCCCUCCGCUGCCUUGUCCUCCGGCGAGGACACACCAAUCUGUCUUCUGGGAAGACGCCCUCCAUGCCGUCACCGGCUCCUUACGGUUUGGUUUUAACCCCUGGUAGUGACUGAGCCGAGCAAUACAGUGUUUGCAAGAUUGCUGUGCCCUCGGGCUGUGCAGCCCCCACCCCUGGCCUUGCGCUGCCUGCAGUCCCCUCCUGCCUGCGCCCGCCUGCCCGUGGUCCCCGUCCCCGCAGGGAUGCUGGGGUGCCGGCCGGGGCAGCUUCUCCCUGGGGGGGUGCCUGUGCCUCUCGCUGCGACCUUUCAGGCCGGGGGUUCAAUUGCAGCGAUUUGAUAUUGAGACGUUGGCUCAUGUCACGGGGAGAGCUUUAAUUACAGAUGACCUGCCUGCAAUUAGUGCCUGGCAGUGGGACCCAGAGCUGGCCACCGGCGCCUGGUAAGGGACUGGGAUGCGGGGUGGCGGGGCUCGGAGUGGGGUGUCACUCACCCGGAGCCCCCGGCCAGGCACCCUGGUCCCGCUCGCUGCCCUUGGCUGGGCUCGUGCUGCCCGCAGGGCGGUGGUCCUCUGUCCAUCUGCCCGUCUGCCUGCCGCAUACCCCCUUAGGAUGCACCACAAAGCAGGGGGGGGGGCUGCGGAGGCCAUGGUUGGGGUGUCACCCUUUGCCUACAGGCACCCAGGUCACUGCGGGGGCCAAGCUCGUGGUGUGGCUGGGUCCCUGCCCCCAGGGUCACGUCUCCGGCACAGCCGGCGGCCAUGGGAUGGAGCGGGCAGCGGUGUGCCCCAGGCGUGCCUGCUGGCGGGAGGGUUGCUCGAGGCUUCCGCGGUGGCCGGUGGCUCCCGUCCCCUGGCCCUAUGGGUGCAGCCCCCUGUAGCCCUGCUUGGGGGCCCCAGCCAGGCCCCACAGCCCCCUCCCCACACAGGCGUUGCCGUCCGCCUGCCGCAGUGGUGCUGGGCACGUCAGACAGGUUUUAUGGCUUCUGGGGAGAAACUGCUCAGCAAGAGGCUGAGCAAAAGCAUCGACCGCGCCGCGCCCCUCCCCCUCGCGCCGCUGCCUGCCUUUCCCCUGCCGCACCCCGCACCCCAUCCCCAUGGGGGGGCAGCGGGGCCUGGCCCCACCGCGGGGUCUGGGAUGGUGCCUGGAGGCUGCCCAGCAUAGAGGGAUCCACACCCUGUGGGACCCCCACGUAGGGAUCCUGGGGGGAACCGUGCCUUAUGGCACUCCCCCGUGUGGGGGUGACGCCAUCCGAGCAGGACUUUACCCAAGGGACCCCCAUGUGCGGAGCAACCCUGUCCUGAGGGACCCCCCACAUGGGGACGCUGCCUGGGGGCAUCCCCCAGCGGACCCCCACGCGG